CUGCUAUUCCCCAAACCUAGCGCAGUCGUGAAAUCUCACGGCUUGCCUCCUCCUCUUCAGCUACUGCAUCGGGCUGACGGCUGUUGAGUUGCUUGCAUCAAGUCCGCUCCCACUAUUGUCCAUUGGCGCAGCAGCCCCUCAGUACGAUUCAUCGUCAGACAUUCACCAGACCUUUCUCCUGUUCUGCCCGCUAUUUAUCACUUUCGCACGCGAUUCCUCAACUUGACUCACCUCAGUUCCUGCUCCCAGUCGGUUUGCCUGCGAGCUGUCACUACUCAUGAUCGAGCCGCUGAGCAACGUUCCUGGGCGCUGUUAGGCGCUUCUUGCAAGAAAGCCACCGCUUGCUGCGCAACCGGAAUGCGAUAUAGCGUGACCGUGGAACUGUGACAACCGGCUCCUUGACCAUCAGAAAUUCGCGACCGCCUCCUUCCCCAUUUCUCCUACGGGUAUCGGCGCAUCAGCCAUGGAUCAUCAGCAAUGGAAUUCGUACGCCGAGAGCCCGUUGACGACCCGCUCACGAUACGCUCCACAGACCGUCCCGUCACAACAGCCUCCACCGUCGACUGCGAACCAUAGCCACAACAGCAGCACUGGCCUAAACGACGCCUUAGCGGCGCCGCAGAUGGGCCCGCGAGCGCCAACAAUGCCGCUAUCUGCUCCACCACAGCAAGCGGCUCAUCGACCGGAAUACAACGGCCAGGGCGAUGGAGACGGGGAUGUGCAGAUGGAGGACGCAGAUCUGUAUAAGCUCAAGCAAGCGUCUCAGACCGGAGGCCAUCGUCGGAUGCAUUCGUCCCAGCUUGUCCAGCAGGAAGAAUCCUCGGCUGCACGACGAUAUUCUCCCAUGAAUCUAUCACCCGCCUCUCCAUACGCGUCGAUGCCUCCCCCACAAUCCAACACGACCGCUUCUUAUACAAGCUACACGCCACAAGUCCAAUCGCGCCAGUCUCCCACUCGCCCGAACUCCUACAUGUCACCUUCUCAGACGUACUAUUCUCCGCCUGCUACUCGACCGCAUGCACCGCAACUCCCGCCGAUCCAGUCGAAUAUGGGUCCAGAAGCCCAUUUUCAGCCAAGUCAGAUGGCGCAGCUUAAUGCUGUGUACAGCAGAGAGCCAAGAUCUCCACGGCCGAUCCAGACACCGGUUGUUCAAUCCGUCGCUGGCCCACCACUUCCGGUGCCAAAAUUCCAGAAAUGCACGACCGUCUCGUCGCUUGUGCCGAGCAUCAAUGAGCAACCGCCAUUCCGUCGCGCAAACCCAGAGGGUGGUUUCAUAAGCCCCCUCCAAGCGUUGACAUCGCAUCUUCCUGCGACAUAUCGGAUAUGUAACCCUGGGUUCAAAUACGAAUCGUCGAGAAAUCCGCGCCGAGUGCUCACGAAACCGAGCAAAGGUGUCAAGAAUGACGGAUAUGACAAUGAAGAUAGCGAUUAUAUUCUUUACGUCAAUGACAUCCUCGGGUCAGAAGAUGCUGGUCACAAGAACCGCUACCUGAUCUUGGACGUUCUCGGGCAAGGUACAUUCGGCCAGGUCGUGAAAUGCCAGAACCUGCGAACACAAGAAGUCAUUGCCGUCAAGGUGGUCAAAAACAGAACCGCAUACUUCAACCAAAGCAUGAUGGAAGUGUCUGUCCUGGACUUGAUCAACAAGCAAAUGGACAAGAACGACGAUCACCACCUCCUUCGACUCAAAGAUACCUUCAUCCACCGCCAGCAUCUGUGUCUAGUCUUUGAGCUCCUGAGCGUGAACCUCUACGAGCUGAUCAAACAGAACCAAUUCCGUGGUCUAAGCACGACUCUGGUCCGAGUAUUUGCGCAGCAGUUACUCCAGGGUCUGGCUCUGCUCGGAAAGGCCAAACUCAUCCAUUGCGAUCUUAAACCCGAAAAUAUCCUUCUCAAAAACCUCGAGAGUCCUAUUAUCAAAAUCAUUGAUUUUGGUUCAGCGUGCGACGAACGGCAAACCGUCUAUACAUACAUCCAGUCUCGAUUUUACCGUUCUCCUGAAGUCCUUCUUGGCUUGCCCUACUCCGCCGCAAUCGACAUGUGGUCAUUAGGUUGCAUUGUCGUCGAGUUGUUCCUUGGUCUGCCUCUCUUCCCCGGAUCGUCGGAGUACAACCAGGUCGCUCGAAUUACCGAAAUGCUGGGACUGCCGCCGAAAUGGAUGUUGGAAGUGGGGAAACAAUCGGGAGAAUUCUACGAGAAGGUCCAGGAUGAGUUUGGGAGAAGAACGUACCGACUGAAGAGUAUGGAGCAGUACUCGCGUGAGCACGGGACGAAAGAGCAGCCCAGCAAGAAAUACUUCUCUGCUACGACAUUGCCGGAGAUUAUCAAGAAUUACCCGAUGCCACGGAAGAACAUGAAACCAGCGGAGAUUGAGAGAGAAAUGGCCAAUCGAACAGCAUUCAUCGAUUUUGCCCAAGGGUUACUGAAUCUGAACCCACUCGAACGAUGGACGCCACAACAAGCCAAAUUGCACCCAUUCAUUACCCAGACUAAGUUCACUGGUCCGUUUGUGCCUCCGAUGCAAUAUCGAGCCGGAACGAGUAAGUCCCCGGCACCGGGCGUUCAAGAGCAGCAGCGUGCAGAAAUGAUGAGCCGACAACGAGAGGCUCAGCAAGCCGCUCAAGUUCAAGCGCAAGCACAAGCUCAGGCCCAGGCCCAGGCACAAGCCCAGGCACAACAGAACGCCGCGUACGCACAAAUGGCCAUGAACCAAUACCCCCCCACCCCGCACUCUCAACAGCCAACCCCUAUGUACAGCCCCAUGUACAGCCCGCAAGGCGCACCCCCUCCCUAUCAGACCCCCCACCAGACCCCUCAAGCCUACAACCCGCCUCUGAGCAUGAUGCCGGCCCACAGCCAGCCACGCCACUACCAGCAACAGCCCCCGAACCUCUACGCCCAAGCGACCACCCGUGCCGGCCGCCAGCGGUCCUCCACUCUCGACCAACAAGGCAGCGGCGUCCCCCUGCAGAUCCAGCGCGUCAUGAGCCACCUCGAUCCGAACGCGCCGAUCCGGCUGCAGCCCAGCCCGGCAUAUUACCCGCCGCCUCCGGACGGCAUACCCGAAUCCAACAGCUCGCGGCGCCGCGGCAGCCGCACGGGCAACGCGCGGGGCAAUCAGAAUUUCAUCCAGACGUUGGAGGAUCGCACGCUCGAGGAGGGGUUUAUGAACAAUACGAAUGGGCAGUGGUGAGGGAGGAACGGGCGGUCCCAUGGAUGGAUGGGAUUGGGAUUAAAAGUGUUGGUUUCACUCCACGGUUUCACGGGUUCGGGUCGCACCGUCUGAGGGUCGUGCGGGUGGGAUCCUGCGUCGGGCGGUCGUCCGAUGUGCUCGAAUUCUGUAGCACGCACGAAAUGACCUGGAGAACAUGCUCCUCGGAUUGCGGGGUCGACCGCGUCUUUCCCAUUGCGCAGAGAUUGUCGCACCGGACCCCGAAAAGACAUGGGUUAGUCUCAUUGCGAUGGGUUUGCGUUUCCUAUGAAGGAUGUCUAGAGUCGCAUGGCGAUAUUCAGCUAGGAUGGUACACAAGGGGACUCAGGAGAUGACUAUAUUAUACUUGAUUUGAUGAUGGUGGAGGUGUGUUCGGAAUUCUGGCGACGGCUGUAUCGAACGAAUGCAGUAUGAAAUAUUCCGAUUGUAUCUUUUA